CGUCAAACAAGCGACUGUUUACGAAUCUCCUUCACCAUAUUUACGUUGUUUUCAUUUCUUUUUGCUUGGGGUUUUCCGUGCGCUUUUCCUUCGAAUCUCAUUACCGUUUUUAAGUCCCGGUAUAGUCCUAAUAGAAGCUGUGCCUGUGUUCCUUCUGCUGCACAACACAUAAUGGACUACACGAAGGUGUUCCCGUUGCUCGUGCUGCUACUGAUUGGGCUUGCCAGCGAAUGUUCCGCUCAUGAGUGUUACGUUUGCUCGAAUCAAACCGGCAACACUGAAAAGUGUCUCAAUACGGUCAAGAUUUGCCAGCAGGGCGAGGACGCCUGCCUGACAGAGAUCCGAUGGGGCAGCACGCCAUACUUUUCGCUAGGUGCUCAGAAGCAAUUUUACGUCUCGAAACGCUGCGCGAAGAAAGAGAUUUGUCAGCGUAUCCGCACGAAACACAUGCCGUACUGUACGCACAUCUGGUACGAGGAUUGGACCUGUUCCGCCUGUUGUCUAGGUGAUCGAUGCAACUAUUACGUGAUCAGUGCCGCAUCUACGGUAAAACUAUCCGUGCUGCUCGGGACGAUGGUGACAGUUGGCGUGAUGCUGCGCCGCAUUAUAAGCAGCUGAAAACCCAGCGCGAAAAAUCCGACCUGUUCGUAAGAGAUGUUUUCCAUGGCGAUACAAUGAAGUGAACCAGAAAAAGGCAAACGUGCACCAAUUUACGAUCAUACAAUGGUAUUUGUCACGUCGUUUAUAGUAUUUCUUUUCUCGUCUACAUUCCACACCAAUCUUACGCUUCGUAACUCAUUGUGUCGCUAUGUAAAAUAGUCUUGUAAUGUGCGGAUAUGUUCGAUAACGUGUCUUUUUUACGUUAAACAGAAGCAAACAAUCGUGCCUCUAGUAGUAAAUAGUAUUAACAGCUGUGCGAGCGUUCGAACAGCGAGAACUCAAAAGCCACUAAGAUGUAUGAAACGAAUCCGUCCAACUAUUUUUUUUAACUGAGCAUCAUCUUACAUUUUACACGCCUCAUCAGAUAUAGCUGAUGAAAUAUACACACAAGUGUAAUAUAAAGUAAGGAUU